AAACUGGUGGGUCCUAUUGUAUUGCACAUACACAUCAAUUAACUUGAUUAAUGACUUGUAUAUACAGACAGAACAUUGUUUAAAGGGAAACUUUCGUCAGUAGACAUAAGCUACAUUUUUAUCGAACUGGCCAACUCCCCCACUUUUGUUAAUGGUACAUUCGGCCCUGACAUGAUUUUCUACUUUCAGGAACUACAGAAAAAUAAACCAAGCUCGACAAGCCGGGCAAACACGGCUAUCUUUGUUUUCCUUUUCAGUAACCAAAGAUGAGCGCAGGAGAAUGUAACCCCGCCGCCACACCCACCUCUUGUGUGGACGUUCAAGGAGAUGGACGAUGGAUGUCUUUGCACAAUCGCUUUGUUUCGGACAGCAAGGGCAAGGAACCCGACGUCCUGUUUGUUGGGGACUCUCUUGUACAGCUCUUGCACCAAUUUGAGGUGUGGAGAAAGCUAUUUUCCCCCCUCCACACUCUAAACUUUGGUGUAGGCGGUGAUGCCACACAGCAUGUCUUAUGGAGGCUGGGCAAUGGAGAGUUGGACCACAUCAGCCCAAAGGUUGUGGUUCUGUGGGUGGGCACCAACAACCAUGGCCACACCGCAGAGCAGGUCUGUGGAGGCAUCAUGGCUAUUGUCCAGCUUAUCAAGAACAAGCUGCCUAAUGCCCACACCCUCGUUCUGGGAUUGCUACCCAGGGGUCGGUUGUCCAACCCUCUGCGAGAGAAGAACAGCCUGGUUAACCAGCUAGUCCAGGAGGGUGUGUCUUCACUCCCCCACGCCUCCUUUCUCAACGUGGACCCCGGCUUUGUGCUGUCAGACGGAAGCAUCUCCCACCAGGAUAUGUACGAUUACCUCCACCUCACGCCCAAGGCCUACCACGCUGUGUGUACGCCCCUACAUGCACACGUCAAGACCCUGCUGGAGAAACCGGCUGAGAACUGAGGACCCCCCCGCCUUACACUGAUACCCACUUUCCAGAACAUACACACUACUGUAGUCUCCCCCCUUUCCCUCCCCCCUGCCCUUCAGUCCUGAGGAAUGUGAUGGUGUACAGUUUUUGGUCCCAGCAACACACUGUAAGAUCGAUAUUCCUUGUUUUAACUCAAUCAACAAGGCCAUGGGUGUUUCCAGAGAUUAGUGCUGUGCUGAUUAGUGCUGAGCUGUACCCAAAACAUGCCUCCUGUUCUCCUUCCCCAGGGCCAGGCUUGUUCACCACUGUGCUGCUCUUCAUGGGACCAUUACUUUCAAUCAAAUUGUAGAAGCUCUGAAAUAAGCUCCUAUUGUUUUGCUUGUCAGCAACAGCUGACAAGUUUUUUUCUUAUCUUCUUAGGUUACUGGUAGAAUGUAUUAGAAUUUGUCAAAGAAAUUAUGAUCUCAUCGCUAUCCCAUAAAAUAGUUUUAUUCCAUUAUAUCCACAUUUCUUGUAUAUUAUCUAUCUUUUUCUCCCUGUUUUGGACUUCUGUCAGUUUUGUUAAGUAAAUGUUCUUUUUGGUUAAGGCAGAGACUGAAAGCCAAAAGGAUGCCACAAUGUCAUUGAAUGGAGGGCAAUGCUUCACUCUUCUGACAGUGAUUAUACUUGUCUCGUACUUGUUUAUGCUUUUUCCGCCGUUUGUAUCGAACCUUGCCAUUUGUUUGGAUUCUGUUUGCAAUCUGGGAUGAACAUGUCUGUACAAGAUUGUGUUAACAGUAUGUUGCUUCAUGAAGUGAAAAGGUAUGAUUUUUUGUGUGUUACAUUUCCCUGUAAGACUGUAUGUUAAGUGCUUCUGUGGGCCUAUCAGGGCCCAUCUUGCUUGAUAAGCGAGGUGUUGCCUCAUUUCAACAACAGUUGUGGAGUAGAGCUAUGUCUGUGAUGGCAAAACAUUAAAAUGAUCUGAAAGUU